UACGAAGCCAACCGAAUCUCUAAGCUACCCAUCUGUGGUCUUAGAGUAGUACAAUCAUGACUCAAAAACACCUAAGCAAGGUUCUGGAUGAAAAAUUGGAAGAAAAUGAAAAGAAGGCUGUUUCAGAACGGACAUUUAUGUAUGAUGGGGUGUUAUAUCCCACUAUGAUCUGUUCCCUGGAAACUCUGAAAAAUAUUAAUACUUUUAGAGCUCGGGAAGAUGAUAUCAUACUAGCGACAUAUCCCAAAACAGGUUCAAACUGGGUUAAGGAGAUCUUAAUGCAUCUGGAAGUUGCCUCUGGAAAAUAUGAGGAAGAUGAACAGAAACAAAGGCAGCAAACACUGCAAGAAUCAUCACUGAUUUCUUUUCUUGAAUUUGGAGAGCCAGGAAAAUUUGAGACGAUGGAAAAAAUGCCUUCCAGACGAAUUAUAAAAACACACCUCAUCCCUCAAAAAUUGCCCAGGUCUCUUUUUGAACAAAAGGCAAAAAUACUGGUUUUGUUACGGAAUCCAAAGGACACAGCUGUAUCUUUCUUCCAUUUUUCCAAAGGCAUCAAAAUGAUUUCUGACAAGGAAACCUGGGAUGAGUACUUUGAAGAUUUUAUCACUGGAAAAGUGGUCUAUGGAUCUUAUUUUGAUUAUAUUAUUGAAUGGAACAAGUAUGUUGAUGACAGCAAUAUAUUUUUUAUUACCUAUGAGGAGAUAAAAGAGAAUCCAGCCUCAGCACUGAAAAAAAUAGCCAAAUUCUUUGAUUUUUCUGUGACCGAAGAAAAGAUUGAGAGCAUUGUAAAGGAAACACGUUUUGAAAGCAUGAAAGAUAAUGCAGGAACCUAUGGAAAAAUGGGCCAGGUACUUUUCCGCAAAGGCAUAGUAGGUGAUUGGACAUCUGUCUUCUCAGAAAGCCAGAAUAAAAAAAUGGACAGAAAAUUUGAGGAGACUAUAGCUAAAACUAAGCUUGGAAUGAUGAUGAAAUAUGAGCUGUACUGCAAAAACUGAACUGCUAGAAAUCUCUCAUAUUCUGAUUCUCUGCAUACAGGUAAACAUACUUAAAUUGUUCAAGAAGAAUUGGUAGUGCCUUCCUCAGUCUCCAAAUAUGCCAGAUAUCAUUUUCGAUAAUCCUAACACAGCUAUUGGUUCUGUUAUGUGAUGAGUCAAUGAUUAUAGCAGCUGAAGUCCAACAAUCUGAAAAUAAAUUCUGCUUUCAGAACACCAUUCUCUUUUGGAUAUUGACAUUAAAUGGAAGAACUUUUCCAGAAUUAAUAAAAACCUAGACUUACCUAUCAGA